AUGUUUUUCCCCAAGGCUAUCGCCAGCCUCUCGUGGGCCGGCAUGCUUCUUACGCUGUGCUCGGCCUCGCCCGUCGAGGUCAUCGCCGUGAAGAGGCCGCAGCAUGACCUCAUGUUCAGGGAGGCGCUGGAGCUGGCCCACCGCCCGCGCCUCGACAAGCGGCUCGAGGCCGAUUUCAGCAUGGAGAAGGCGUGGAAUAACGAGGUUCUCUUUGCCGGGUCGUGGGUCAACUCGGACGCGGCCAUCGGCAUCACCGACACCGUAUCGCUGUCCGUCGUGUGCGUCGACUGCUGGACCAAGGGCACCGUCACCGCCAAGCUCCUCGAGGACUUGUUCGACCCCAGCGUCCGCCUUGAGUUCUCCGCCGUCGAGGCCUACGUCGACGUCGCCGUUGCUGUCACCUCGGGCGCCACCUACUCGGUCAACCUCUUCACCUCCAACUCCCCCGUCGGGCUCGGCUUCCCGGGCUUCAGCAUCGGCCUUGUCUUUUACGUCGAUCUCGUCUUCAGCCUGACGGCCGCCGUCGACCUCGAGGGCGGCUUCUACGUCAAGGUGGCCGACGGCGCGUUCCUCGAGGCCAGCGUGUUUGGCGGCGAGAUUACCAAGUCGUCCUUUGACGGGCUCAGCAGCAAGUCCCUACCGGUCACCGUCAGGGCCGGCUCGGCCACCUUCAAGGCCGACCUCCGCCUCCGCGUGCAGUGCGGUGCCGAGACGGAUAUCGCCGUGUUCGGUAUUGGGGCGGGCGCCGAGCUGGGCAUCUACGCGAACCUAAUCGAGUUUGUGGCCGUCCUCGAGUCGACGCCGACGUGCCUGCUGCAGAGCCGCGAGUGGUGGGAUCUCAACGUCGGCGCCUUUGCCCACCUCGACAUCGUCGUCGACUACAAGACCAUCGGCGCCAUCCCCACCUGCUGGGUGGCGAGAAGCGCAGCUCAGAGCGGCAGCCCUCCAUCUGUCAGCGUCUCACUGGGGGUUCCGUCGGGCAUUCCCGCGAGCUCGGCUGCCAGCUCGAGCCGCGAAGACGGUGCGUCGACAUCCGGCAGCACCGCCGUACACGUCCCCACCAUCGCUCCUUCGGCUCCGGCAACGCUGCCGUCGUCCCUGUCGCUGCUAACCCCGUCGGUUGUGCCCGGCUCUGUGCCUAGCAACUCUGGCAGCGGCAGCGGCAGCGGCGAUGUUGUCACGUCGACCGUCUGCGCGGCCACGGUGCCCAACUGCCCAGCGUCGCUGCAGAGCGAGAUCAUCGUAACCAAGACGGCCGCCGUGGUGGACUCGGCCUCGACGCCCACCACCAUUAUUACCCCGGCAGCCCAGGGCACUGCCACGGUAGUCGUCAUCACCGACGUCACAGUCUUGGUCCCCUGCGCGACGCCCGUCGUCGAGACGUUUAUCCCCCCCAGCAGCUGUGCUACUUCUGUUGUAUCACAGAAAGUUACUGUGGAGGCAGCGGCAGUCGUUGUUACACCUGCUGCUUCUUCUUCUUCUUCUGCUGCUGCUGGUGCUGCGCUAUACUAUUCGGCUUUCUCGUCGGCGGCGGCUACAGCAACAGCGCCGGCUCCGCCGCCGCCCGUGGCCCCAUGGUACCGCCCGAACAACGGAACCUCGGCCGUUUCGAACACGACGACGCCGGCACCGAUCCCGACCGCCGGGGCAUCGAGUCAGACGUGGAGGAUCGGCAGCGUCUUGUUUGCUGCUGCCGCUGUUGUGGGAGCCUUGUCGAUGCCGUUGUGAGAGGGGUCCUCUUACUUCCCCCGUUUAUUUUUUUUCUUCUUUUUCUUCUUAUGUUGCACUUCGAAUGGAAACUGCAGCACACUGAAAUAGUAGAAUUUAAUGCCUACCAGAUAUGUCUUUGUGCACAGCUUGGUGGUGUGUCGCUGGCUCGUUGACACCUUCAAAUAAUCAAAUAAUAAAGAGCCGUGUCAUGAUGAUAUUGGGUAAACAACCCAAUGGAGGGGCUGGGCUGGAACUUUUGCAAUUUCCCAUUUCUUCAAAUCGCUCCCCUCUGGCUGUACUUCGGGAGGGACCCCUUUCUCGAACCGAACAACACG